AUGUGUCAUAUGCUGAGUCCUGUUCAGCUGAUGGUAAUGAGCAUGUGCCAUCUGAACAGGACUCAACGUAUGGCCCAUGUUCAUCAUAGUCAGCUGAACAAGACUCAACAUAUGGACACACUUCAUCACAAUCAGGUGAACAGGACUCAACAUAUGGCACACAUUCAUCACAAUCAGGUGAACAGGACUCAACGUAUGGCCCAUGUUCAUCAUAGUCAGGUGAACAGGACUCAACAUAUGGCACACAUUCAUCACAAUCAGGUGAACAGGACUCAAACAUUUUGUGAACAUCUAUAUGACAGUGUUUGCCAUGGGGCCUCUGGGCAGCAGCUAUCUGUUACCAUGAAUCUAAGACACGAGCGCCACAAACUUCAACAUUCGUUUUCAUCUGAAAAUGAAACUUGGGGAACAAAUAUUUCGUCGGAGGAGUCUGGUCCGUGGAGUAACUGGACAGAUAGCAAUGGAUGUUCCAGAACAUGUGGCGGAGGAAUAUCAGUUCUGACAAGAAAGUGCCUAAAAAAUAGAAACAAUACCAGGCCUUGUACUGGACCUUCGAAGAUGUACAUAUCAUGUAAUGUUCAGAAAUGCCCGGAAGGAUCACGCGAUUUUCGAGAACAUCAGUGUGCAAGCUUCAACAACCACCCUUUUCAUGGAAAAUAUUACACUUGGGAGCCGUUUUACGACCCCUCUAAUCCGUGUGAACUGAACUGCAAGCGAAAAGGCGAAACCUCUAGUUAUCGUCUGGCUGAUAAAGUUAUAAACGGUACUCCUUGCGGCAAUGAAUCCAAAGGCGUAUGCGUAGAGGGAGAAUGUUUGAUGGUCGGGUGUGACAUAACCGAGGGUUGGAAGGAGCAGUGUGGAAUAUGUUAUUGGAAUGGCAAUGGUUGUGGCUUGGUCGAAGGACUUUUCAACAAAGUUUACCUGCGAAAAGGCUACAACACAGUUGUUCAGAUCCCUAAAGGUGCUCUAAAUAUUAAAAUAUCUGAAACAGGAUCUUCGCCGAACUACUUGGCCUUACGAAAUUUAACUGGACAUUAUUAUUUGAAUGGCGAUUGGCGAAUAAAUACUCCCGGAAACUACCCUAUAGGAGGAACAAUUUUUCGUUACACGAGGAGGUCAGAUGGCCUCUCAAGUGUUGAGAGAAUGGAAGCUUCAGGUCCAACGACAGAAUCUCUUGUCAUUGUGCUUCUCUUUCAAGAUAACAAUAGAGGAAUAAAUUAUAAAUAUUUCUUACCAACUACAAUCAACUCAAGUGGAUCAACCGAAUUCAUAUGGAAAACUGGAGACUUCGGAGAAUGUUCUAAAACGUGUGGUAAUGGAGUACAAGUUCGGUCUGUGAACUGUGUCAGUAAAAAGAGGUCUUACAUAGUCUUGGAAGCUUUAUGUGACAUUUCCUUUAAACCGUUCAGCCACCGUCCAUGUCAUGUGGAAUCAUGCCAAGCAAGUUGGCACGUAGGCAAGUGGGAAGCAUGCUCUGGGCCUUGUGGCCAUGAAGUUCAACCUCGUGUUGUUUACUGUCAGAGAACAUUCCAGAACAACACCAUCGUUGUUGGUGAUAAAAUCUGUGAAGAAGAUGUAGGACCUAAGCCAAACAUGCUCCAAACGUGUCCUUUGGGAAAACCUUGUCCAGAAUGGCAUUCUGAAUCUUGGUCUCCGUGUGAUAAGCUGUGUGGAGAAGGUGUACAGACUAGGCGUGUCACAUGCAGAAGAAAUAGAACAAUUGAACCAGAUCUGAGUUGUGACGUGAACCUUAAACCAGCAGUCCGACAGACGUGUAACUUAGGGCCUUGUGAGGGUCUAGAGUGGAUUCUAUCUGAAUGGAGUGGAUGUGACCACUCUUGUGGACUGAGUCUGGAGUCGAGGCACGCGCUCUGCAGUAACGAGUUUGGAAAUGUUUUCCCGAGAGAGAUGUGUGAUACAAAUCGUGCACCUGAAGUGACCAAACCCUGCGGCGAACUUCAGCCAUGUGAAACUUUGUGGUUUUCUGCAGAGUGGACUCAGUGUUCGGCCAAAUGCGGAUUAGGAGUUCAAACCAGGACUGUAUUUUGUGGUCUUUGGGAAAACAACGAAAUUACUAAAUUUUCCGAAGACUCCUGCAAACUAGACAAGAAACCUUCUGUAAUCCAAAAUUGCACACUAGGCCCUUGUCCACCAUCUUGGUUUGCAGGUCCAUGGAAUCGGUGCUCAGUACCGUGUGGUGGGGGUGAGAAGACCAGGAAAGUUUUCUGUAUUCAAAAUGAUCACGAGGUACCAGAAAAUCAUUGUGAUCCAGCAGUUCGACCUUUCCACAGAGAACUGUGUAAUAUGCACUCUUGUGAUGAAGACGAAGUGAUGAUUUUAGGAGGCUGUAAGAAAACCCGAUACGGUUGUUGUCCUGAUGGAAUUACACCUGCGGGUCCAAAUAUGGACAAUUGCCCCCAACCCCAUUCAAUCCCUGGUGGAUGCCAGACUACAGAGUUCGGAUGUUGUCAAGAUGGUAUUAGUAUUGCACAAGGACCAUUUAAAUUUGGGUGUAUUGCCUUGUCAUCUUGUACUGAAACCAAGUUUGGGUGUUGUCCUGAUGGUCUAACUCCUGCUCUAAACGAAACGGGUGGAUGUCCAUUAAUAGAGAGCUGUUCCCAAACUAGGUACGGUUGCUGCCCUGAUAAACUAACACCAGCUUCUGGUCCAAACUUUGAUGGCUGUUCAGGAAUUUCCUCAGUAAUAGAAUGCGCUAAAACCGAAUUUGGUUGCUGCGAUGAUGGUACCACAUCAGCUUUGGGUCCACAUUAUUUGGGUUGUGAGGUAGGCAUAUCAUCUGGUGAGAACUGUAAUGAAUCACCUUAUGGAUGUUGCUCUGAUGGACUCACUCCUGCCACUGGUCCUAAUGGGCAAGGAUGUUCCGAAACUCCAGGAUCUCUCUUCAAUUUUACAGAAGAACAACUAUAUCAUGAAUGCAAGAGUAGUGAAUUUGGUUGUUGUCCAGAUGGGAUCUCUGCGGCUACUGGACCUUCAUAUACUGGAUGUGAUGAAAUUGAAGGAAGUGGAGAUAUCUUAACCGACUGUCACAAUACAUUAUUUGGUUGUUGCCCUGAUAACCAACGAUUUGCAAAAGGACCCGAAAGCGAAGGCUGUGACGACGAUAAAACUUCAAAAAAAGAAAAAUGCAGUGACAGCAAGUUUGGAUGUUGUCCAGACAAGGUAUCCCCCGCAGAAGGACCAAAUGGUCAAGGUUGUAAGAUAACCAAUAACACAGACUGUAGGAUUUCACCAUUUGGGUGCUGUCCCGAUGGAAAAUCAAUAGCUUCGGGUCCAAGUUAUCAUGGCUGCUCAUGUCAGACGUUUCCUUUUGGCUGCUGUCAAGACGGGCUUCUUCCUGCAGGUGGACCAAAUUUCCAAGGAUGUGUCUGUGAGCUAAUGAGAUAUGGGUGCUGCCCUGAUGGAAUGACUCCAGCCAAGGGACCAAACCAAGAAGGAUGUGACUGUGAAAGAUCCAAAUUUGGUUGUUGCCCAGACGCAACUACUAUGGCUCGAGGACUUAAUUACCAAGGUUGCCCAUGUAACACUUUUCCACACGGAUGUUGCUUUGAUAACAUCACACCAGCUGUAGGCCCUGAUUUGCAAGGAUGUCCUUGCAAAACAUUUCCUCAUGGCUGUUGUCCUGAUGAAAAGACGAUGGCUGAAGGUCCUCACUUUGAAGGUUGUCCUUGUAAUUCUAUGCCAUAUGGUUGCUGCCCUGAUGAAAAGACGAUGGCUGAAGGUCCUCACUUUGAAGGUUGUCCUUGUAAUUCAAUGCCCUAUGGUUGCUGUCCUGAUGAAAAGACUAUGGCUGAAGGACCUCACUUUGAAGGUUGUCCUUGUAAUUCUAUGCCUUAUGGCUGCUGCCCUGAUGAAAAGACGAUGGCUGAAGGUCCUCGUUUUGAAGGUUGUCAUUGUUCCACCAUGCCCCACGGCUGUUGUCCUGAUAAGAAGACUAGGGCUGAAGGUCCUCAUUACAAAGGGUGUCCUUGUUCGUCUAUGUCAUAUGGUUGCUGUCCUGAUGAAAAGACUCCAGCAGAAGGCCCUCAAUUUGAAGGUUGUCCUUGCAGUUCUAUGCCUUUUGGCUGUUGUCUAGACGCCAAGACAGCUGCUUUGGGACCAGAUUAUAAAGGCUGCUCACAAGUCACCUUAACAGGAAUUAGUUCUUACGAAGAAGUCUGCAGUCUACCAAAAGAAAAAGGUCCUUGCCGAAACUUUACGGUCAAAUGGUUCUUUGACGUGAAUUAUGGAGGUUGCAUUAGGUUUUGGUACGGAGGCUGUGGAGGCAACAAAAACCAAUUUAUGUCUGAGGUCGAGUGUGAAGCAACCUGCACAAAACCUGCCGGCAUCGAAGUGUGCAGCCUCUCGAAGGAAGUGGGAAAUUGCCAUGACUUCACGGAACGCUGGUUUUACGACCAAAAUUAUGGUCGAUGUUUAGUAUUUCUGUACAGCGGUUGUAAUGGCAACAGAAAUAAUUUUGCCAGUCUUGAGGAAUGUGAGAAGAGUUGCCCAACUGAUGACACAAAGAUAGAGAAGCAGGAAGAAGGAACCUUUAAAACAGAAUUCUGUUUUGAAAGCAAGGAUCCUGGUCCUUGUUUAAACACCGAACUUAGGUGGUAUUACAGUCAUGAGGAUGGCGUCUGCAGAGACUUCUACUAUGGUGGUUGCCUGGGAAACAAGAAUCGUUUCUAUUCAAUGGAAGAAUGUGAGAAUAAAUGUGGCCGCUCUCAAGAUAUCUGCCAACUUCCUAAAGUCCGAGGGCCGUGCAGUGGCUCAUUUCCACAAUGGUAUUACAAUAGCUCUCUUGACGAAUGUCUAGAAUUCCCAUUUGGCGGUUGUCAAGGAAACGGCAAUAGGUUCCACGAUAAGGAUGCAUGUGAAAAUCGCUGUAAAAAGAAGAAAAUUCCGCUAGAUGGCAGUGGUUUGUAUGGACGGGUAAAAUCUCAAGGUGUGAAGACGUUUGUCACGUCUGCUUGUCAACUGCCUGUAAAUGUCGGGUCAUGUGACGAGGCCCAUGCCUUCUGGUUCUUUGAUCCCGAGAGUCUUCAAUGUUUGCCCUUUUUAUACACGGGCUGCGAGGGGAAUGAAAAUCGCUUCCAAUCUUAUGAAAUCUGUAUGCAAAUUUGCUUAGACACUACAGCAGCUUUACCUCCGACUGCUCCAUCAGUUCUACCUUCUACGGUACAUACCUCGUACGAACGUCUCUGCCCACCUUCGAACUGUGGUCAGCUGAAAUGUGCACAUGGAAAAGAAGAGUUUCAUACCUGGCAAGGAUGUCGAUCUUGUCGGUGUUCUGAUCCAUGUCAGCUUCACAACUGCCCGAGUGGUCAGCGGUGUGUGGUGGAGAUGUAUCAGUUAGCAUACACCCAAACACGACAUAUGCCAACGUGUCGAGAAGUGGCCAAACCUGGGAGAUGUUCACUGACCCAGGAUUUCAUGGCUGACCAGCCAGUCACCAUUUCAAGACCAGAAUGUUGGAACCAUUGUCAAGACGAUGCAGACUGUAAAGGGCACAUGAAGUGCUGUUUCGAUGGGUGUUCUAAAAUAUGCGUUGAUCCUAUACUGAGAGCAAAAUUAAAUGUAGAAGUUAGCUUCGAGACUCGAAAUCCCACAGUCGGCUCUCGCCUCCAAAUCGACUGUAAAGUCAACGGAUCUCAAAACCCGAUUGUUGCCUGGUAUUUUGGUAAUGAUACCUUUCCGUUAAGCAAUAAUUCUCACCACAGACUUCUAGCUAACAACACGCUGGUAAUACACACAGCCCAAGUCAGCGACAGUGGAGAAUACACUUGCAUCGCUGCUAAUUACCAGACUGAAGCCAUGGCUUCGGUGAUUCUUAAAGUUGAAGAGUCACUAACUUCACCAGAAUGUACGGACAGCCCUUUUUUUGCUAACUGUGAUAUAAUCGUCAAGGUCCGGUAUUGUAGUAAUCGUUAUUACGGUCAGUUCUGCUGCCGAUCCUGUACAUUGGCCGGACAACCACCACAGCAGCCAUAACCCUCAAGUACACUGGAUUCGGGAUUCAAAUCGUAAUGGCCAUAAAGCAACUUACCUAGAAAGAUGGUUUACUAGAUGUUAGAUGAAGAAAAGAAUACUACAGAACUUUAACAUUAUAGAAACACAAAAUAAAACUAUAUCAUAGGAUUAAAAAAACAAUUUCUUUUUUAAAAGAUAUUUUAAAGUACUUUUUAUGUCAUUGUGAAAUUAUACCUUUUCUUUAUUAGUACUG